GUGCGGUUAUGGUUUGGAAGAGAAGAGGAAGAAAUAGUCACGUGUCUGAAAAUGGCAGACUCCAACAACAGUGAUGGGAGGAAAGAGGCUAACAGUAAAGCCUAUAGCUUCGGAGGAAAGCAGUCUGGAGUCUCAGCAGAGCAGGUGGUUGCAGGUUUCCAGCGAUUACGGCAAGAGCAGCGCAGUAUGGCCACAAAAGCAGCAGAGUUGGAGAUGGAGAUCAGUGAACACAGUCUUGUGAUUGAUGCACUAAAAGAAGUUGACCCAUCACGGAAGUGUUAUCGGUUGAUUGGAGGAGUGCUGGUUGAGAGGACAGUCAGCGAAGUCCUUCCAGCUCUGGAAAAUAACAAAGGACAGAUCUCUAAGAUAGUGGAUUCACUUGGGUCGCAGAUGCAGACAAAGGGGAAAGAGCUGAAUGAAUACCGUGAACGAUACAACAUUAGGAUAGUGGGAGAAGACGAGGCAGCAGGGAAAGCUGCUGUAACAAAGCGAGAGAGUGAAGGAGGAGGCUCAAAGGGUGGGGCAGGGGUACUGGUGUCAUAGUAAAAAUGUUUAAAGAUGUGUAGAUUGCCAUGGUUGCAUGUUGUCCCCUUUGUAUGUACAUUAUCAUUUAUUUUUAUUAACACAAUAAACAGUUUAUUCACUU